GUUUUUCUGAGAGUUUGUGGGUGAAAGUUCAAACGUAGGCGAAGGCAAUCUUGCGGAAAAAUGGGUGCCCUGAAGAAAAUGACACGCUGUGGUAGUAUAAGUACGUUGUUCGCCGUGCUAAUAGUGCUGUUUGGCGUCAGUUCGUCGGCAUUGACCACAUUCGGCAAGUCCAACCAGAAUCAACAGGCUCCACCGGCAACACGGGCCCCAGUGAUAGCCAAAGAAUGUGUCAACCACGGGGAAUGCGCCACGAUAGUGGCCACGAGCUGUGUCCAGGCCGCGGACGGAAAAAUGCGAUGCCUCUGCGGAGACUUUGAGGCGCCCGAAAAUGGCUACUGCAAGGCCAAGUACAAAGGACUGCGGCAUCUCUGCACGGACACCUUGCAGUGCGACAUCGGUAUGCUUUGCACGACGGAGAACAUCACCAAAACUACAACCCUGGUGACCAGUAAAACCUUUAUGACCAGUAACAUGCUGCACAACAACAAUACCAACCACAAGAUGUGCCUGUGUGAUAAGGAGCUCGGUUACGUAGAGGACAAGCAUGACAUUCGCCACUGCAAUGGAGCGAUCCCGGCGGUCCUAUCGGCGACCCUGGUUCCGAUGCUGGUUUCCAUCCUGGGAUGUACGGUACUUCGGAAACCGCUCAACUAUUGGUUCGCCGACAUAUAAGCUCGGAUGGAGCAGCACGCGUAGUACAGCCCGCUUGAAAGAAACGCUGCGAAUCCAUAUCGUGCACCAUUAAUCAUUACAAUUAAAUAUAACAAUUAGAAGAUAAGCGCUGAAUACGAUGUGAUUUACUCAAGUGCUAAGAGAUAGAAACCAGGCAGUGCAAGUAUUUUGCCUUUAAAGGAACCAAAUUUUCCCCCUUCACCAAAACAUCAUGCCUUCGUGAUCUAUGCCUAAAUGCACCCUCCUCGAACAAAUAAAAUGAUCAAGAUGUAGUAAUCAAAUACAUAUUAAUUAGGCGCUCAACCGUGAACGAAUACAUUCGAUCGUAAUAGAGUAGGAAAGUUCGUAAAAUUUACCUUACCCUUAUAAGAGUGUUACAUCAUAGAGCUAUUUUUAAAUGUUGCUUUUCUACUCGCAAGGUUACACCAACAAAUGACAAGGCAAUUCAUAUUUUAUAAAAACGAAGUACUCUGACCAAUACAUCGAACAAAAAUUAAUGCAUAUCAAAAGAGUGCAACAAGCUUUACUGUAUAUCAAAUAUAACGAUAAAAACUUUUUUUUAUGGCACCAGGUAAUUUUUAAAAUUUGUAACAUUGUCUACACUAGUGAAUAAGAUAAAGACGUACUUUAUUUUUCCCAAAUACUAAAGAAUUUCUCGUGUUUGUUUCUAACUAUACACAACUGUAGAGAACAAGAAGGUGAUGUUUUAGAAUAGUAUAUAACUUCUAUAGACUUUUACAUAUGUCAGACAUAUCGUGGCUUUCGUGCAGAUAAUCCAAAGAACAAAAUAACGGAAUUGUGGGAAAAUCAAAUACAUUCAGUUUAGUGUUUAGACCCGGCAAUGCAAUGGAAAUGGUAUCAUUCCAAUAAAGAUAUU